AUGUCAGAAGAUAACAAGCAACAAUCACAAGCACAAACCCCUCAACCUGGUACUCCGUCCGGUGAAGAGGAGAAGAAAGAAAGAAGAGACUCAUAUCAUGAUCCGUUUAGUAGUGAUGAAGAGAACGAGAAUCGAAGUGAACAAGGUGGAGAUGAUGAGUUGAGAGGUGAGAAUCGUGCCCAAGACGACAAAGAGGACGGUGCUGGUAGAUCGGAAGAGAAAGAAGAAGAUGACCGAACCAGAGAUAAUGAUCAACGUCCUCAGCAAGAGGAAGAGAAAGAUGAAGAGGACGAUCAAAACAAGAGUGAUGAUCUUUCCUAUCAUCCCAAUCAAGGCGAUUCACCCAGUGAUUCCAAAAAUACCGACAUUCAAGAGGAUAAUACCAACAAAAACGAUGAUGAAAGUUCACCUUCAACCCACAAAGAAGAUUCUACCUCACCCGAUAAUCAAUCUGAUACCUCUCGUACUUCCACGCCCAACGACGAAGCUCCUGCCACACCCCCUCAGCCCAACAAGAACGAUAACGCUCAACAACCUGCUCCCGCUACUCACGAUGACCAAGGUCGACAUUCCAAAUACUCUGACAGGGAAGAGAAACUACGUGAAUUCGAGCAUUCCAAACCCUCCAAUUUCCCCGAGAACGACCGAGAACAAGAACUACAAAGAGUCGUCAAUCGUAAACCUGGUUCCAGGGAGUUGCAUCAAAAAGGUCAAGGUAGACCGAAAGAUACUCCUUCAACAGAGUAUGAAGCGAAAGAUCCUUCCAAGCAACGGGGUCAACAAGGUUUGGGUGGUGUGACUGAUAAUUUAGGUAAUCUCGGUGGGGCCACGGAUCAAUUGGGUAAUCUCGGUGAAGUCACAGACCAACUUGGUAAUGUAGGUCAAGUGGGUGAUAUUGGUGGACAGGUCGGAGAUCAAGUUGGAGGAGUGGCUGGACAACUGGGUGAUCAGGUCGGAGGAGUAGCAGGGCAAGUAGGUGACGUAGCUGGAGAAGUGGGUGAUACGGUAGGGGGAGUAACCGAUCAAGUAGGUAAUGUCGCGGGAGGUCUGGGGGAUACAGUCGGUGGAUUGGGUGAUCAAGUAGGUCAAACUGCUCAAGGUUUAGGGGAUACCGUUGGAGAGAUAUCAAAUGGUUUAGGUGAUACUUCCAAACAACUCAGUAAAUCAGUUAAGAACGUUGGCGACAAUGCACUCAAACCGCUUAAACAAAAGGGAGGUCUGUUGGGAGGAAAGAAAGGUGGUUUGUUAGGUAAAGGCGGUGAGGGCGACGAGGAGAAUGAGAAAGGAGCACUGAAAAUUAGGAUUCAGUUGGAUAUCGAUGUGGAAGUUCAUCUCAGUGCGAGAGUUAAAGGUGAUAUCACGAUUGGGCUGUGGUGA